AUGUCUGCUACUGCUGCUACCCAAGCCGCGAAAAAGGCCCCCACUAUCUUCCAGACCUGGUUCCGUGCCGAGGUCAUCCCCAUCUACGGAGUUAUCGGUUGUGCCGUCGGUGGUGCCGCCUGGUACGUUACCCGCCUUGCCCGUGGACCCGACGUCACCUGGGACCGCAAGAACAACCCCCACCCUUGGUUGCACAUUGAACAGGACACCCAGCUCAAGCUUAUCACCGUCAAGGAGGGUCAGGGUUUCACCAAGUCCUACACUCGCGAUCGUCUGUAA